CAAUAUUUCGAUCACGAAUAAAAAUGUCGGGCAAAAAGUUGAUUGCAUGGAGCCUCAUGGCUCUGAUUGUUUCGACUGUGGGGGGCCAGCACAUUUUACGUGAAGUUCAGGAAAAUGCGGAACCACAAGAGUCUGACGUCACCACGGCGAAUCCGAUUCAACAGGAUCCCGCCACCGGCGAGCCUCAAACUCCACCAGUGCGAAUAAGAUUCCACUUCGCGGAUACCCCGGCAGCCAAGGACCAACCGAUCCCGAGCCAAAGUCCCGUCACCGCGAGCCCCACCACCCGCGCCAAGAGGCAAGUGAUUUGUAGUCCAUCAGGAAGACCGAGUUUUCUGCCACUGGUCAAUCCCCAAGUGAUGUAUGCACCACCCCAAGUCCCAAGAGCUGGCACCUACUACUACUAUUAUGAUACUCGCCCAGUGACCGGUUGGCAACAACGGCCUCAGGUGACCGGUAACCAACCACAGGCGUUUUACGACGUAACCCCACGGGACAAAUACUGGAGUGGUACACCCCCGCCUACCACUGCCAGGGUCUCACCCAACAAGGAUCAAAGUGCCCCCGGGACCGUUGCAGCCAAGUGCGACUUUGCCGGGAUUCUGAGGGACGGGCUGAAAAUUUUACGGGACGCAGCCUUGAGAGCCGUGGCCACGAGAAAUCCGGGUGGACGAGCCACGAGUAACGCGGGAGGGGCACGUGCCGCAGCUGCCCCCGUGGCGUCGGCCGAUUCUGGGGUGGUUGUGGCCAAUAGCUCGCAUGGGGGGGAUGAUGAAUAUUAGGUGUCACUUUUAUGGCUUCGUGUAGGGUGGAUAUAAUAUAGUUUAUGUUGUAUUCAUCUUGUGGUGCACUUGGUUGCACGUUGCUUGCAAAAUAAAUCCAGUUCAAAGGAAUGUCACCGUGAAGACUCUCUUUUCUUAUUCGUCGGGUGGAAGUAUGCAUUUUUUUUUUUUUUUGUGACGAACAGUAUAACGAUAAGCGACAUUUUUUUCAUUCGGUACCUUACGAAUUGAAAAUUUAAAAAAAAAAAAAAAAAAUUUAAUUUCGAUUUAACAAUGAACACUAUACAAAUGAUAAACAGGCAAAACUGUAAUACCUUUUAUCAUUGAUCUAUCAUGUGUGUUGUUGGUAGAUCUUUCUGAUAGUUUUCUCUUGGUGGAAAUUACGUUGAAGAACACGAUUUCAAUCCGUUAUUAAAUAACAAUUGUUGAUAAUUUUAAUGAACAAUAAUUUCACCAGCUAUACUCGAAAAUGUACACUAGUUAAAAUUCACAAGAGGUAAGUUUAUUGUACUUUUACUUUCAAAGAAGUCUGCAAUACCGGCAUUUGUCAAAUAUAUAAUUCUCAUUCCAAA